UGUGGCGUCACUGCCCUUUCGCGGACAAGACAAGAGGAAUCUUUUGGGAAAAAUAUAUACAUUUUUUGCACUCAUUUCGCUUACUUUUUUUUUCUCCACCAUAGAAAAAGAAAAAAAAAACCAAAAAACUAUCGGUAUUUUGUUUCCAUUUGCAAACAGUGUGGACGUUAAUAGCUUAUUGUUUCCCAUGUUUAUCUGUAAGAAAAUCCUUUACAGACGCAAACUUUCCUUUCUGAAUAACCUUAUUAUUGGUUCACCCUUCAUGUUUAGAAAUUAAAACAUGGCUGAUGGCUCCCAACCUUUGUAAUUCUCUUCCUUUAAACUGUUCUUAAUUGGUUGAUGUAGAAUUUUACGGAUAUAUAGCUAUCUUCAAGCUUCUGCCUUUCUUUUGUUUCUUCAGUUUCAGUUAGAUUCUUCGUGUGUGUGUGUUUUUCUCCAAGAAAACUUUGUUGGGUGGUCGUUGAAAUCUCGUGGGAUCUGAUAAUUUUUAGUGAAUUUUGAUGCUACAAUGCCCCCGUCUUACUUCCCCCUGCGUUGGGAGAGCACUGGGGACCAAUGGUGGUACGCAUCACCUAUCGAUUGGGCAGCAGCCAAUGGCCUUUACGACCUGGUCAUUGAGCUCCUCCAUCUCGACGCCAAUCUCCUCAUAAAGCUCACUUCUCUCCGCAGAAUCCGCCGCCUGGAGACCGUGUGGGACGAUGAAGCUCACUUCGAUGAUGUUGCUAAAUGCCGCUCUUUUGUCGCCAAAAGGCUUCUUCAAGAAUGCGAGACCAAGAAAGGCAACAAUAGCUUGAUAAGAGCCGGGUAUGGUGGCUGGCUUUUGUACACCGCUGCCUCGGCUGGUGACAUGGGUUUCGUCAAGCAACUGUUGGAGAGAGACCCUUUCCUUGUCUUCGGAGAAGGAGAAUAUGGGGUGACUGAUAUAUUUUAUGCAGCGGCGAGGAGCAAAAACUCUGAGCUUUUCAGGAUGCUGCUUGAUUUCGCGGUGUCGUCCAGGGGUUGCCUUGGCGGUGGUGAAGGUGAAUUGAGUGAAACUCGGUCGGUUUUUAAGUGGGAAAUGAUGAACAGAGCGGUUCAUGCGGCGGCAAGAGGUGGGAGCUUGGAGAUUUUAAGGGAGAUUCUUGGGGAUUGCACUGAUGUUUUGGGUUAUAGAGAUGUGCAGGGAUCUACUCUCUUGCAUACUGCCUCUGGGAGAGGCCAAGUAGAGGUAGUGAAGGAUCUCGUUGCAUCGUUUGAGAUCAUAACCUCUACAGACAAUCAAGGAAACACGGCACUUCAUGUGGCGGCUUAUCGCGGUUAUUUAAAGGUUGUUGGGUUCCUUAUUCAAGUGGCUCCGAGUUUGGCCUCUGUGAAGAAUGAUUACGGGAAUACUUUUCUUCAUGUGGCUGUGGCUGGUUUUAGAACCACAGGGUUCCGAAGAAUAGAUCAGCAGAUCGAGCUGAUGAAGCAAUUAGUAUGCGGUGAGGUUGUCGACAUUCGAGAUAUCAUCAAUGUGAGAAACUUGGAUGGAAGAACUGCUUUGCAUAUGGCCGUAACUGAGAAUGUUCAGUCUAGUCUGGUGGAACUACUCAUGUCCGUGCCAUCUAUUGACCUGAAUGUUCGUGAUGUUGAUGGCUUGACCCCGUUGGAUCUCCUCAAGAGAAGGCCUAAAUCUGCAUCUUCGGAAAUUUUAAUCAAAGAACUAAUUGCAGCUGGAGGAAUCUCUAAUUGUCAAGACAAUGUAGCAAGGAGUGCUAUUGUUUCUCAUCUGAAAGAGCACGGUGUAGGUGCCAGUCCUGGAACAUCAUUCAGAGUCCCUGAUGCAGAGAUAUUUUUGUACACCGGUUUGGAGAAUACAUACGAUGCAGGUUGUGAUAAAGAAAGCGUGGAAUAUAGCUCGUGCCUGAGUGAACUAAGCGACUUGAACUUGAGUACUUCGUUUGAUACUAAGAAGUCAAGCUCCGUAAAUCAUACUGCGAGACGACUGAAGAAUUUUCUCCAUUGGCCUAGGAAGAAGGAAAGAAAAGCUACUAGCAUGGAAUUGGUAGACACUGAUGAUCCUGUGGAGGUUACGAGUACUUGUAGAAACUGGCCAGACAUUCAUAUUCCGCUUCGUGAAAAGUACACUAAAUCUGUAUCUCUUCCAAACAACAAAAGGACCCUUGCUCUCCACAAUGAUCUUCCAAGCCGAUCCAGCAGGAAGAAAUUUACUGCUGGGCUAACUCAUGGUGUGAUCCAGGCAGCGCCACAUUUAGCUGCUCCUUUUAAGUCACCUCCAAGCCCUUUUUCAGUAUCUUCUACAACCUCGCCUAUAUCAAUGGAUGAUCAAAAGAGUGUCCUAGAUGCUCGAUGCUUUUACUCGAAUUCAUCAUUUAAUGGUAAAACAACAACACGAAUGAAUCCGAAGCAAAGUUCAGUUGAUAAGAAGUUGAUGAACCAUUAUUUCUGUUUUGGAGCACAAGGCCUAGCUGUCGAAGAUAAUAGAAGCCAUACACGGCUGGAUCGCAGCAUCAAGAGUGCCCGUUCUUUAGUUGCUUGAUGCAGAGUAUUGCAAUUUUCAAGAACCACCGUUGACAGCAAAGGAAUUUAGGAUUCUAUGAGAUUCCUACUCUUCAGUUUACUGUGUUUGGGACCUAUGAAUAAAUUCAAGGUAUAUACUGAAAAAUGACCCAGAAUUUUUAAUGUAUCAAUAAACAUACCAAGUUGUAUUAUAUGUUUAGUUUGUUGUUGAAGUUGUAAGUUUUAAGUUUUAAUAAAAGGUUAAAUUUUUCCA